CAUCCAGACUGCGUUAAUGAAGGUACCCCGAAACAAGGCAGUAGGAUACUCUUUUCAGGGUGUCUCAGCCUUUCCCUCCACUCAUUUCACACCCAUCUGCAGAGUGUUCGCGUCCAUCCUCACACCCUCAGGGCCAUACAGAGAGAUGACAGACUGCAGAGUGGGUGGCAGAUCUUCAAUUUGGUGGACUUGGAGUCCCCCCCGGUGUAAAUUAUGGCAGGCCUAUUCUUCGUCCAUAAGACACCGUCCUCCCAGGACCUCUCCAAGAGCUCCCGCUCCGAGUCCGCCGUCAUGAUGAGCCACGUCCAGACCAAUAGGCGGAGAGCCGAGGGCCACGACCAGCACAAGCCCUGGUCCGCCUACGUCUCCGUCCUCACGCAGCCAAGGACCGAUAACGAGGGAGGGGAGUCCAUUGAGAAGAAGAAGAAGAAGAAGAAUAUCCCGGUACGGGGGAGAUCACGAGCCCUCAGGUUGGGUGCUGCAGCCGCCGCUACCUCCGGUGCUACCGACACACCCACCACCAUGCAGAGGUCGUUGUCAUUUCCCCCCAGCCCCGUAUCCCGGUCCUUCCCCUCCUCCAACGCCUACGACCCCUUCCACUGCACCGUCAUCGGCACCGAGGCCGAAACCCACACCCUCCUCCGCUGGGCCUUCUUCGAGGUCGCCCGCACAAACUUCCUCGCCGAGGCUUUCGCCCCCAACCCCCGGAGAAUUAUCCAAGACAACUGCCACUCAUCAUCUUCAUCUUCGGCACCUCCACGCCAUCAGGCCAUCAUAACUGCACGCCUGCAGCGAUGCGUCCACGAUGAGCUCCUCAUGUACGCCACCCUCGCCUACAGCUCCAGCAUGCUCGGCUGGAUCACCGGCCGGUUCCGGGACGGCGAGGAGGCGCCCGAGGUUUUCAUCGGGAAAGCCAUCCCCCACCUCCGGUCCCGCAUAUACAUCCGCCCGGACGCACCGCGAGGGCAACUGCAACAACAACAACAACAGCAGCACCAGCACCAGCACCAGCAAGACCAAUGUCCUGUAGACGACUGGCUCAUCCUAUCCCUUUACUCCCUCGCCAUCACCGAGCUGUGGAACGGCCUGCCGGAAAUGUGGGCCAGACACGUCAAGCGGCGGAGCAGCAUGGUCCGGGAGAUGGCCGCUGACUCGCUGAGAGCCUGCAGGAUGCACCUCCGGGCGCUUGUCUUCCUCGUCACCGAGGCCGGCGGGUGGCACCUCUUCAACCCUUACAUUCUCGACAGCACCCUCCUCGCCGACAAAUUCCUCGCCAUAGCGUCCUCGCAGCCACCCAUCCUCGGAUUGACGUGGGAUCCAGGCCCGACCCCGCCGCUGAGGGAGCUGCGCGUUGAGCUCAACAACGCGGCGCUGAGACAUCCUCUCCUCGGGAAGCGGUUGUUGCUGGAGGGGCCGUUCAGCAGCACCACCGUCGCUGACACGAGAUUGAGGGCCACGCUGCGGGAUCUGGUGGAGUAUUGUCGGGUGGCGCAGGUGAUCUGGGCCCGGUCGGAUUACGUCGCCGCCGAGGUCGAGACGUGGCUUUUUCGGCGGCUGCAGGCCAUCCAGAUGCGUCUGCUGCUGCACUUCCACGAUCAGACCCCCCUCCGCCACGACGACCGCUGCACCUCGCUCGCCGCCCUCGUCUUCAUCGCCGUUGUCAUCCCCUCCCCUGGGACGAAGAUCAGUGCGCAGUACCUCAGUCACAGUUUUCGCCUCACGAUGACAACCAUGCCCCCCCCGUCUUCUUCAACAGAUUUGCAAGAAUAUGCCGAUGAUGAUGAUGAAGACGCAGAAGGAGAGAAGGACCAAAAUAUUCAAGAGUUGAGGGCGUGGCAUGUGUUCAUCUGCAGUCUCAUAUCCAAGCCUUUCGAGGACUGGGAGUGGUUCCAGGAGCAGAUCCAUAGCCAGAGCGCCCGGCUUAGGUAUACCGACGAGGCCGAGUUCUCGAGACUCAUGGAAGAGUAUUUACACCUACCGUCCAGGGAGGGGAUGAUUUGACGAUGGCAAAAUCCGCAUGUGACCACGACACCUUUAUAGAGCAAAAGAUGUAACUAGAGUCAACACCACAAAAGAUCCGUUUUCUGGAUUCAGGGCUAAAUUUUUCCGGCUAGGUCAUCUUUUUGGUGUGUAAUAGUCUAGUACCCAAUAGGAAUUUUAUUAGUAUACGGUAAUGUAAG